CUCAGUGACAGAGGCGGCAGCACACCGGGAGCUCUCGCCAUGCCCCGCACAGCACCGCACGGCUCUGACUGACAGCAGCACUGAAAGGAAGUUUAUAUAGCGGAGGAGCCGAGACCCCGCACAGGACACGCAGCUCCCCGCACACCCGGGAGGACGAGAUCCAGGGAACAAGGGUUCAUCUCCGGAGCACAACAUGCACUGCCAGGCCGAGCUCAGGCUCACCUCCCCCGGACAGCUGAAAGCGGCCCGCCGGCGCUACAAGUCCUUCAUGAUCGACGAGAUUCUCUCCAAGGAGACGUGCGACUACUUUGAGAAGCUGUCGCUGUACUCGGUGUGUCCUUCUCUGCUGGUGCGACCCAAACCCCUGCACUCGUGUUCUGGUUCAUCACCGCUUCGGACGUACCCUCUUCUCUCAGUCAUCAGCCGCCAGCCCACUGUCCUUAGCCACGUUGUCCCCUCCACGUCCUCCUCACCCAUUCAGGUUCUGUCUCCCGCACAUCUCUCUCCACCAUGUGCGCGCUCUGAGACGCCAGCCAGUGAAGCUCCACCUAGCAGCGAAUCAGAACUCGAACAAACGGCUCAUCGUGUGAAGAAGCCACGUCGUAGCAGAACCAUAUUCACAGAGAGUCAGCUCAUGGGUCUGGAAAAGAAAUUCCAGAAGCAGAAAUACUUGUCCACUCCAGACCGGCUAGAUUUGGCUCAGUCAUUGGGAUUGACACAGCUACAGGUUAAGACGUGGUACCAGAAUCGAAGAAUGAAGUGGAAAAAAAUUGUUCUCAAGGGUGGACAGGAGGCACCUACCAAGCCAAAGGGACGUCCAAAGAAAAAUUCUAUCCCAACUUCAGAGGAAAUCGAGGCAGAGGAGAAAUUGAAAAGACUGGCCCAAGAGGCUCAGCUUGAGGCAGUAAAUGCUGAAGAGGAGCAAGAAAAGGCACUGGGAGAAGAUAAGGACAAACAACCACUGGAAGGAAAUGAACAAGAGGAAGGCAAAAAACUGGAAUCAGGAUCGCCUCCUGCCACAUCUACUUCACAGCUGAACAUCUCAACAAAUGACAGAGGCGUCUCCAGCUAAAAACCAAAAGACAAAAUGUGUUCAUAAAGAAAGUGCGCCAAGCUGCACCCACAGUCUCUGGGGGUUAUUCGCUGUGUGCUCAUCCUAUGUGCAGACCCCAACCCUAAAGGGAAUCUUCUCUCCAAGACCUUUUAUCUUGAAUAGAAAAGGUUAAAGCCACAUGGAGGAGGGAAGAGAAUGGAGGAUCUCCGUGACUAAUGGGGUCUGUACAGACAAGACUGGGAAUUUUUGCUGUGUUUGGAAAAGAAUUGGACAGUGUAUAUAUAGUGUUCUUUAUUAUUGUGCCAGAAACUGCAGUGGAAAGGGUGAAAAAAAGCCAAAGCUAAAGGGAAAGAAGUUGUUUUCCCAGUGUAACUUACUUGAGAAUGCUUUCACAUUAAGUGCCUUUUUGCAUGUUAAAUCUUGUAAAACAAUCUUUAUGUGUUAAUUCAGGGCCGCAGUCAUUUAAUCUCUUCUCUCUUCAGAACUAGGGCUUAAGUUCCAUAACAGGCUGAUAUUUAGGUCUCAGGGAGGAACGAAUCGACUUCGGAUGAGACAUCCAAAGUCAGUUUGCAUAAAACUUCAUUUCAAUACUGUACGGAGCGAGCGCUCUGUACAGUAUUAGAAUGUAUUGGCUCCAAUGAGCUGAAGUUAAUACUUUGCCAAGUCUCUUGAGACUUCGCGUAAUAACUUCAUAAAUUGAUUUCUACUGUAAAAACAAUUUCCCGAGUGGUACCUCCGUACAGUAUUGAAACGAAGUUUUAUGCGAAUCGACUUCGGAUGUUUCAUCCCUAGUCUCAGUACCAGCAGGGAGUCACGGCAGGUCAUGACGAGAGCAUGGCUCCAAACAAAUAGAUCUCUCAUCUAUGUCGCAGAAGGUUACAUUGUAUCUCACCGAUCGUAUUGAACAGGAUACUGUUAUAGAGAUCAUGUGUAUAAAGCAUACAACGAUGGAAGUGGCCGUCACCUAAGACUCAAUGGCAGCUGUAACAUAGACAAAGUUACUACAGCAAACUGUUCUGGGGUCAGCGGCAACCAGCGUACAAUGUGUAUUCUGCCCUCAAGUUAAAUAGUAACUGCGCUUUCAUAAAACUUUUUAUGUCAUAGUGCUGAGACCCCCGCCAUCACUGAAAUGAAGAGGCAGAAACAUUCAGCCAGCCGCUGCUCCCCAUUAGCUGUGAUCUGCUGUCCCUUUUAUCUGAAGAUACGCUCUAGGAGGCGAUUUAUCAAAACUGGUGUAAGGCCCCAUUCACACCACUGUAUUUCUGGUCUGCAUCCCAUCUGCAUUUUUUGUGGAGAGGAUGCGGUCCCUAUACCGUAUGUCCGUUCCGCAGCCCCGCAAAAAAGAUAGAACAUGUCCUAUUCUU